AUCAACACGAUCAGUGACGAUGGAGAGUUCGAAGGUUGGAAUCGAGAAGUUUGAUGGAUCCGAUUUCGGUUUCUAGAAGAUGCAGAUCGAAGACUAUCUGUACCAGAAAGAUCUUCACGAACCCUUGACUGGGGUGAAGCCGGAUUCCAUGACAGAGGAGCAGUGGAAGCUCAAGGAUCGUCAGGCGUUAGGGAUGAUCCGGUUGACUUUGACGAAGAACGUGGCGUUCAACAUAGUGAAAGAGAACACUACGGCGGGUCUAAUGAAGGCCCUAUCAAAUAUGUACGAAAAACCAUAUGCGAUGAACAAGGCGUUGAUUUUGCUGUCAUCUAUGCCCGAGUCUUGGGAUACUGUUGUUGCUGCAAUUAGUAGUUCUCGUGGGACUGAGAAGUUGAGGUUCGAUGAAAUCCGUGAUGUUGUUCUUAGCGAAGGGCACUUUAAGGUGGAUUGUAAGAAGCCAAAGAAGAAGCAGAAUCAAAAAUCUGGAGAUGACAGUGAUUCUGUAAAUUCAGCAGAGGAUAUUGGGGAUGCUCUAAUCCUCAGUGUGGACAGCCCAGUUGAAUCCUGGAUUUUGGAUUCUGGUGCAUCCUUCCAUUCGUCACCAAGCAAGGAGUUGUUCCAAAAUUUCAAAUCUGGAAAUUUUGGAAAGGUGUAUCUUGCUGAUAACAAGGCCUUGGUGAUUGAAGGGAAAGGGGAUGUCUCCAUAAAAACACCAACGGGAAAUCAAUGGACAUUGAAAGAUGCCAGAUAUAUUCCUGGUCUCAAGAAGAAUCUGAUCUCUAUUGGGUGCAUUAACAUGGCUGCUGAUGCUGAUGGUGUUUCGAGUUCAAGUCUAUGGCAUGAUAGACUUGGACAUAUGAGUGUUAAAGGAAUGAGGAUGCUGGCUGCAAAAGGAACAUUGGAGGGCUUGACGUCUGUUGAUAUGGGUCUUUGUGAGAGUUGCGUUAUGGGCAAACAGAAACGAGUCAGCUUCACGAAGACGCCAAGAGAGCCAAAGAAAGUACGGUUGGAGAUGUUAGAAUAAGUGCCCUUCACUAAAGGGGGGUGAAUAGUGAGGCACGAGAAUGUUUAUAAAUUUUCGCGGAACAAAAAUCGCAGGGAUAAAGUAAAGAGUGGAAUAAAAA